AAAUUUUUCGAGAGGUUGUUACAUGAAAGGGAAAUGGCGCCGAGGCUGUACGAAGCUGCCGCAACAGUUAUUGAAAAGACACGCAAAAAAGAAGGAUCCGUUAAAACCCUUUGUUUCUCCAGUCGUUUUCACAACAAAAAGCAACUUGCUGCACUUGUUUUGGAAACUAUUAAACAUCUUAAAAUUUUGGAAAAAGUUGUCUUACAAUGUCAACUUGUUUGGACAGAGCUUCCUAAGAUCAAUGAGUCAUUGAGAUUAAUCCUACUUUACGAGACAUUGCUUGGACGGGGAAUUCCGAUUGACAGCAAGUAUUAUGGUUUCUUCCAAACGCAUGAUCAGCUCUUUCGAUCAUCAUUAAAUCAACUUGUUGACAGCCAACCCGGUGCAGUUGGAAGCAAUAAGAAGAAGACCAUAAAACUUCCAAGAUAUGUUCGUGUGAACACGAUAAAAAUAAGUACAGUUGAAGCAAUAGGUGCAUUUAUAAAGGAUGGUUUUACCAAGGUUGAUUCAAAGGAAUACCAUGAAAUAUCCACUGAUGAAUUCACAGUUGAUCAAGAUAUCGAUGACUUGCUGGUUUUUUCAUCUACUGUAGAUCUUCAUGAAAAUGAGUUGUAUAAGCAAGGCAAAAUUUUUUUGCAAGACAAGGCUAGUUGUCUGCCAGCGUUUAUCUUGAACCCUCCACCACAGAGCUUCAUCAUUGAUGCAUGUGCUGCACCUGGUAAUAAAUCAUCUCACUUGGCAUGCAUCAUCAACAACAAAGGGCGAAUCUGUUCCUUUGAUUUGGACAAGGCAAGAUUGGCAAUUAUGAAUAAGUUGCUUCGCAGAGCUGAAGCUACUUGCGUAAAUACGAAUCAUCGCGACUUUUUAAAGGUAAAACAUGACGAUACAAUGUUUUCCAAUGUCGAGUAUAUUUUACUCGAUCCUUCAUGUUCUGGCAGUGGAAUAGUAUCCAGAAUGGAUGACCUACUUGAAGAUGAAGACACAACCUCUGCGACACGUGAAAAACGAUUGAAAGGUUUAUCCGGGUUUCAAACAGCAGCUCUGAGUCAUGCGCUGACGUUUCCACACGUUAAGAAAGUUGUUUAUUCCACGUGCUCGAUACACAAAGAGGAGAAUGAAGAUGUUGUCGAGAAAGCAUGUAAACGAUUCUCCACUUCAUUUCGUCUCGUCAACAUAAUGCCAAGCUGGAAAAACAGAGGAGUAGGGGAGUGGGAAGAAGCUUUCAAGUGUCUACGAGCCGUUCCAGAAGAUGAUCUUACAAACGGUUUUUUCGUCGCCAUGUUUGAAAGAAUCGGACCGACUGUUUUGCAGAACAAACACAAACAAGAAAGGGUUCAUGAAGACAGCGUCGUUAAACGUAAAAAUGGAGACAUAAAUACAGAAAAACAUAAAAAUAAAAAGAGAAAACAAGACGAUGAACAUAAACUUGAUAAAAAUGUUUCAAAACCUACCUUUGCGGAAUUACUACAAGCUACAUCGAGCAAAAAGAGAAAGAAAAGAAGUAAGCGAGUCAAGCAACCUGUGAUUACAUAA